UAAAAAUUGUAUCCACUUGUCGACCAUCAACAAUGACCCAAGAGAUUUACAUAUUAGGCGGGGAAUACAACGAGUUUCUCAGAUAUUUUGCAAAUGUUUCGAUAGGUCUUUUGGAUGAAAUAAGCUAUCGAUCUAAUGAUCUCAAAUCGUUCGCCUUAACAAAGUACUCCUUCACGGUGUACGAAAGUUACUUUAUGAACUUGCUUCAAAAGGCGCAUCGCUUUUUGUUCUCGGCUUCUUCACAGCCCAUUCUGCGGGCUAUUUUGCAGAAAACGAAAGAUUCACCGUGGGCAAACUCGGAAGGAUUGUAUAUUCUGGUCGACAGCAAAUCUCGAAAUUGCAUAAAAGCUCGUUCAUUUCUCUGGACUGCCUGGGAAUACGAUUUGCUCUCGGUCAUAUUUAUGUGCACUGAUUCGGACGACGGAAUCGUUCUGUACACGUACAAUCCAUAUACGAACUACACACCGAGUAACUGGAAAGAAGUGGCUCGAGCAAAAGGACGAAACGGUCAUCCUUUUAUAAUAUUAAGAAAGCCAUACGACGGCGGUAACUAUAUAUUUGCAACUACAACUGCUUUGAUUAGACAACUCAUCCGCACGAAUAACACGAUUUGAUUAUUUUGUCGUACAGUCGAGAACAUAUCAUGCGAGAAUCUGGAUUUCGACAAGACACGAAGUCUGAACGGAUACGUGAUUCGAUU